AUGGAAUUCCUACAAUAUAUCCGACAAAAAGGCCUCGUCACCAUAAUCCGAUAUCUCUCUUCACCAGGCCCAACAGCAACCCCAGACGAGCGAAUAAGCAUUCCCUCUCGAGAUGCAGAGAGGAUAAUAACAGUCCACAUCUACCGCUCAAAGUCCUCUAAGCCGACCCCAGUCUUAGUAAACUUCCACGGGAGCGGAUUCGUCCUCCCAUUACACGGCAGCGACGACUUCUUUGCACGCUACAUCUCAACCGAAACUGACUACACCGUAAUCGACUGCGCGUACCGGCUCGCACCAGAAAAUCCCCAUCCAGCAGCAAUCAACGAUGUGGAAGACAUAAUCAAAUGGGUCGUUUCUCAGCCGACAGAAUUCGAUAUCUCGAAAAUCUCCAUAUCAGGCUUUAGCGCCGGCGCAAAUCUAGCGCUGGUAACUAGCUCGGUCGUCUUUAAACAGGGGACUUUCCAUAGUGUUAUUGCGUUCUAUCCUCCUACGGAUCUCGCCACUGAUCCUGCGACAAAGGUUGCGCCAGAUACGUCUGGGAAGCCUAUUCCUAGUUGGAUGGCUAAUUUUUUUGAUGAUGCUUAUAUGCCGGCUGGGCUUGACAGGAAGGAUCCCACUGUUUCGCCGUUUUAUGCUGCUGGUGAAUGGUUUCCGGAUAGAAUGCUCUUUAUCACUUGUGCACGCGAUAAUCUCUGUCAUGAAGCUGAAGCUCUUGCGCAAAAAAUCAAGGCUGUCCCUGGCAAGGAUGUCGUCUGUAUGAGAAUGGAUGGUUGUGAUCAUGGGUGGGAUAAACAUUGUAAACCUGACUCAAGGGAGGAAGAGGCUAGAGAUAAGGCUUAUAGCUUGGCUAAGCAGAUAUUACAAGGUGGCAUCAAUUGA